CGGUCUAAAAUAAUAAAUCUUAGGGCUAAACAACUUAAAUAAUUACAGAUCGGUUUUACAAACAAAAGUAAACGAAAAGAAUUAAAUGUCCGGUACGGUCGUUCCUCCUGGGCGGCGACUUCCUUCAGGACUUGCGGGCGGCAAUCUUGAGACCUGGAAAUCGCGCGAAGACGGCAUGGUGACCCGGGACGGUGAUACGGUUUUUCGCUCGGGGGCGGCGAUUCGAAAAUCGGUACUUAGACGGGCAGACGACCCAAAAAGGCACUUACGGUGGUCGGAGGGUCGAACUGCUCUUUGAAACUUCACACUUUCAGGAAAAAGAAAACCCAGCCACAACACAGGCAACACUUCUUCCGUUUCCAAGACUUCGUUACAACACAUGCAGAUGCCUUGAGCCGACUUCCAUCAAGUGCGGAAUUGGAAAACGGAAUAAGCUGAGUGAUGGGAGAUGUGCUGAUGGUGGAGAAUUUGCCGGAAACUCCAUUAAAGACUGAAGUCGUGGCGAGAUUAACAGCAGAAAACGAAGUAUUGGGGCAGAUCAUGAACUGGGUACAACAGGGAUGGCCAAGAUAAGUGAAAGAACCAAGUCUAUAAAUAUACAGCCAGAGACGGGAGUCGUUAAAAAGCUAGGCAACAAGUCUGGAAAUCCUGCACACGUCCCACACAGGUAUGGUUCAACUCCAGAUGAAGGCAUUAGUGCGCAGCUUCGUGUGGUGGCCGAAGAUGGAACACAGAAAUAGAAAACACGGUUCGAUCUUGCGAGGUUUGCCAAAAGAAUCAAGAGUACACAUAGACUUUGCGGGGCCAGUAACCGGGAAAUAUUACGUCAUAAUAGUGGACGCAUUCUCCAAGUGGCUAGAAGUAGAAGAAGUGCCAUUAACCGCAGCGAAACCCGUCACGAAGGUACUUGAAAGACUGUUCGCCACACAUGGGAUUCCAGAAGUCGUUGUAAGCGACAGCGGAAUGGCGUUUACGUCACAGGAAUUCGCCGAAUUUCUAGAGAGAAACGUCAUCAGGCAGGCCCUUACCGUCCCAUACCACCCCAGGUCCAGUGGACAAGCAGAAAGAAUGGUCCAGGAAACAAAAAACAAGUUGAAGAAGUUGUGUCAGGGAGACACAGAUAUAAAGAUUGCGAGGUUCCAUUUACACAACAUACCACGCCAUCAAUGGCAACAGGCGUGAUACCAGCUGAACUGAUGGUGAACAGAAAAAUCCCCACAAAUUUAAACAUGUGUCACCCCGGAAUGACGGCAAAGUGGAAGAAUACGCCCAUACCACAGCUGAAGUCACCAUCAACGAAAUUUAUAGAAGGAGAGAGUCUGGGCACGUAACUUCGGGAAGGGGCCGAAAUGGAUCCCUCAGACCGUAAAGAAAGCAAAAAACACCGAAGGCAGAACACACAAGAGGCAUAUCGACCAUUUGAGAAGGAGAUAUAUAGGGGUUCCAGAAGAAUCGAGAGAUAGGGACACAGUGGAAAGUCCCAUCAUAUGAGAGCCCCCGCAGCAGGUCGAGAGGGAAGAACACGCAGAAGAACCAACUCUGGAGUUCUCAGCAACCAAGCAGACCCAGGAGAGAGGAAGACAACUUCAGGGAGAAUCGUGAAACCCCCACUUCGUUUCAGGGCGAUCUACAAAAGGGGGAGGGGUGUUGUUUCCUGAGGUGCAGGCGUGCAACCCCAAGUGCCGGGAAGGGAUGAUCGGCGGACAGUUGGUAGAAGACCGGUGAAAGACCAAGACGAGUUCACCACUUACUAUUGUAUAUAUGUUAAUAUACAGUGUGCUGUGAUAAAAAAAACGUUACACCAUAACAGUAUAGUAGACGCAAACAUUUAGGCCGUCACAGCCGGAUAUCUUAAACCCACUUACUGCAGUAAGUCAUGACAACCUACCUGAAAAGACCUUUUGAGGUAAAAGCACAAGGUGGUACUGUCUCGGCGGUCCCUGACACGUAGCAUGGUUUGUAUUUGCUAUGUUUUAUGAAGGGUCGGCUGCAAAGUACUUUAAACGUCAAAGCCAUAAACACACUAAUAAAUGUUUGCGUCUAGUGUACUUAUACAUCUUUAAUAAAUAUAAUCCUGACGGGUAAUAAAUCUGAACUCCAUUAAUAGUUAGAGCAAUGCAGUAAAUUAUUAUC